AUGAGCGCACUUGUGACCUUGUCCGGCUGUGGCUCAGAAAGGGGGAGGAGGAGGAGGGGUUUACCAUUCGGUGUCGAUGUGGACAUUAGCUUCUGCGCUCUGAAGGCCACAUUUGAUGCCACGUUCGGAACUGAAUAUGGGCUCAAGAUUCUGCGGGCUAGGUUGCGCCACAUCGAAGAGCUUGGAGACAGAGGCUAUCUGAUCAUGAAGGAAGGUACGGUUGAACUUGCUAAAGUCUCACUUCCAGAGGGUGCCAAAGCGGUUCUUGAUCUCGACCAUAGCGUAGAGCAUGCGAUCCAGCUUGCUGCCGAGCUCGAGUUAAGCGUGUUCGUGUGCAUGUUCGUGUGGCAUCUUUUCUUCGAGCCCUUGAGGCGCGACCUGACCUCGCGCACGUACUCGGACAGAUCCACCAGGGCGCCAGAGAAAUGCUUCGUUCGCCUGACAACCGUUUCCUGA